GGGGUAGGCUCUUCUAAUGGUUGUUCCUUGCUGUUUAUACGUGGCUCAUUAGUGUGGAGGAGAGAGUGAUGAGGAGUUCUGCUUCUAAUGCCUGUGAUGUUCAUGUUCUUGUGGAACUACAAGUCCCAGGACUGUAGACAUUGAACAUCAACGGAGUACAUUAUUCUCAUUCAGAGACCUCCUAUGUAGUACCAUUCAGUACAAUGUCGUUUCAAUUUAAUUUCAAUAUCGUAGAGACAGAAAGCGGUUCAGAAGACCUAAUAAAAGACAAAGGCAAAAUAAAAGAAGACAAUGAAGUACAACCAGAGAAUUUAGAUGACAAGAGCUUAAGGCAGCGUGCCACCAACAGUGAAUGCGGAAGCCACAGUGCCAGCUGUGCCGCUAGCGAUAAAACACUGUCCUGCGUGCCAGCUAGCGAACACCAGAUUCCUACAGAUCUUUGCAGUGUGUUAGAAAAUAAAAUUGUGGAGAGCGGCUCGGGCCUACAGUUUGUAAAUGUUUCCGUUGUAGAAAUGACCUUGUCCAAUUCAGACGUGAGUGGUGAAAACAUCGUGAGGAAGUCCAUCACCUCUAACUCGGAUCUUAUUUCUGGCGUAUAUGAAGGAGGAAUGAAAAUCUGGGAGUGCACGUUUGAUCUUCUAAGAUAUUUGGAGGAUGAGGAUGUUAGCUUUGAAGAUAAAAGUGUUCUGGAUCUUGGUUGUGGAGCUGGUUUGCUAGGACUAUUUUCCCUGAAACUAAAAGCCAAAGAAGUUCAUUUUCAAGACUACAACAGGACUGUAAUAGAAGAGAUAACCAUUCCCAACGCUGUGGUGAACUGCGAUAGUGACUGCUUAACCAGUAUGGAUGAUGAACCUACUGGGAAAAGAUCAAAAAAAUCACACACACAGACCGGACUGUUAUCCAAGUGUCGCUUCUUUUCUGGGGAAUGGUCUCAUUUUACUCAGUUAAUGCUAAAUCAGGUUCCUCCUGUGAAAUAUGAUGUUAUUCUAACAUCUGAGACCAUAUAUAAUCCUACUUACUACAGUGCAUUGCAUGAGGUCUUCCAAAAUUUAUUGGCUAGUGAUGGAAUAGUUUACCUGGCCAGCAAAUCCCAUUACUUUGGAGUCGGCGGUGGUGUUCAUCUUUUUGAGACCUUCAUUAAAGAGAGUAAACUGUUUCAUAUCCAUACUCUAAAAGUCCAUGAUGAUGGCCUUCAGAGAAUGCUUCUCAGCUUAGCUUUUAGGCACAAUUGAUACUUCAAAUGUGUGUUGAAUUUGAAAAUUAUAAGGCUAACUAAAGGGAACCUGUCACCUCCAAAAAACAUCCCUAGCCGCCAGCAGUGUGUUUCUGACGAUCGUUUUCUUCCUGAAGGUAAAAGCACUGAAAACGUUUUUAUCCCCUGCCCGCGUGAUUUUCUAGUCAUGCUUGAAGUGAAGGGGGCAGUGGCCUCCUUGCUUCAAGUUACGGUAACCGCACCCCCUCCCCUGCCCCUUUGCUGUGACUGACAACCGGCUGUUCGGCAAAGGCAGCCGAACUCUCGUGCAUAAGCGCUGUCAGUCACAGCGAGGGGGCAUGGUUACCGUGACUUGAAGCAAGGAGGCCACUGCCCCCUUGACUUCAAGCAUGUGUGGAGAAACGCGCCGCGCAGGGGGAAAAAGAACGUUUUCAGAGCUUUUGCUUCAUCUGCCUUCAGGAAGAAAAUUAUAGUCAGAAACACGCUUCUGGCGGCUUGGGAUGGUUUUUGGAAGCGACAGGUUCCCUUUAAAGGGGAGUCUCAGGACUUCAAUACUGAUUACCUAUCCCAUUGGUGGGGUUCUGACACCCUACACCCCUACAAUCAGCUGGUAGCCAGGAGUCACGGCCAGCAGAACUGACAGUGUACAGAGCUUCCAGCACCAUAUAUUGUGGGAGUUUUAUCAAAAGUGGUGCAAAGGAAAACUGGUAUAGUUGCCAAGGGCAACCAAUAAGCUUUAUUCUUUCAUUUUCCAAAGGAGCUCUGAAAAAUGAAAGGUGGAAUCUGAUUCGUUACUAUGGACAAUUAAGCCAGUUUUCCCUUGCACCACUUUUGAUUAAUCUCCCCACUGUGUUAGUUUGGAUGGCUGUGGCACCUAGUAGCCGAUCAGUGGUAGUGCUGGGUGUCUGCCCCCCACUGAUCUGAUAUUGAGGAGCUGUCCUAAGGACAGGUCAUCAAUAUAAAAGUCGUGGAAGAACCUCUUGAAGGCCUCAUGCACACGGCCAUUCCGUGCAUUGUGGACCGCAAUUUGCG